GUUCAAUAGUUUCAUUUUCGAAGUUCCGACCGAAUUAGAAGAUGGCACCUUAUAUCGAUCUUGAUGCUGUUGGUAGGCGAAAGGGUUUGGAGAUCUGGAGAAUUAAGGAGUUCGAUCUACUCCCAGUGCCAAAGAACGAAUAUGGGCAAUUCUACACAGGUGAUGCAUAUGUUUGCCUGAAUACAACUGAGAAUCAAACCUGGGAUUUGCAUUUUUGGCUGGGUGAAAAUGCAACCACCGAUGAGGUGGGUUCAGCGGCCAUAGCAGCUGUGAAGAUUGACGACGCACUAGGCGGGCGCCCGGUACAGCAUCGAGAAGUACAAAAGCAUGAAUCGUCUUUGUUCCUUUCCUACUUCCCUCAUGGAGUCAGAUACAUGAAUGGAGGCUAUGAAUCCGGAUUCCAUCAUGUCGAGGACAUUUUCGACAACUUCGAACCGCGCUUGUUUCAUUGCAAAGGAAAACGAAAUGUUCGCUGUACACAGGUGGACUGUGAUGUUAGAUCACUGAACAUCGGUGAUGUGUUCAUCCUAGAUCUUGGCAGAGAGCUCUAUAUUUGGAUGCCCCCAGAAUGUGGCCGUUUAGAGAAAAUUAAGGGGAUGGAAAUCGCAAAACACAUAUCUCAGGAAGAACGGCAUUGCAGAGCUCAUGUCAACGUUUUAGAUUCGGACUGGGAUACAAACGAAACCUUUUGGUCAUAUUUUGGAGGAGUAGACAAUGCGAGCAACAUUGGUAGCGCCAGAGAGGAUGACGAGAGUUACUGGCAGAGAUCUUUUGAGGGUGUUAUAUUGUACAGAGUAUCUGAUGCGUCAGGAAGAAUGGAAGUAAGCGAAGUAGCGGAUGGUGAGGUAAUGCACAGCCAACUGGAUUCGCAGGAUGCUUUCAUUCUUGAUGCCGCAAGCAGUGGUAUAUUCGUUUGGGUUGGCAGUGGUUGCAAUAUAAAUGAGCGCCGCAAGGCUCUAUCGUGGGGAGAGAACUAUAUCAAGCAAAAGAACCUGCCAUCAUGGACUCAAGUUACUUUGGUCAGAGAAGGUGACGAGCCGCCGUCAUUCACACAGUGGUUUGGAGACUGGAAUCAGGCGAGAGCUUCUUACAAACCUCGGCUUUACCAAAUAUGCGACCACAGUGGGAAAUUGGUCAUUGAGGAGAUAGAAAAUUUCAAUCAGGAGAGCUUGGAUGGAGACGAUGUCAUGCUAUUGGACACCUACGAUCAAAUUUAUGUCUGGAUUGGAGCGGGUGCGAGUGAGCAGGAAAAAGAAGGAGCCACAAAUUUAGCGGAGAGGUAUCUUCAACAAAAAGCGCUUCCACGCCAUGCAGGCACCAACAUUGUUACAAUAUACCAGGGAAGUGAACCAGGAUCUUUCAAAGCGAAAUUCAGGGAGUGGGAUGACGAUCUUUUUCAGAGCGAUACAAGAUCGGUGGAAAACAUUAAGAGACGUUUCUUCAAUCAGUGAAGGCGUCCACGCAAUCCCGGGAUUUUACACGUAUCGUAAAACAGUGAACC